CUAUGUGGGAUAGGAGAGCUGAGCUAGCCGUGGCUGGGACACCCACAUAUGUGCCAUCAGUUUCAGGAGAUUACAUGGGAUGGUACUACAGCAUCACUCGGUUGUUUGUGUCUCCUUCGUUCAGACUCCCUACUCAUCAUUAUCAGCCUAGCUCAUUGGCAUUGCAUCUUACGACCCGAGCUUUGCAGCGCAUACAUCAGCGGGCUACUGCCACUGUGACUGAUAUUCCUGAUGUGGACAUGUAUGGACAGACUCUGACAGGCAUUGCCUCGUUAUGCUCAGAUGUCUUGGGUCGAGUAGACUACGGACAUCUUAUACACAUGCCCGCAUCUCAGGAGAUGGCAUCCACGUCUAGUGCAGCCGCGGGUUCAUCAUCCCAGACGCAACAUGAGAGAGUGGUUCUUCAACCACGACAACGCCGUAGGCGUAGACAUGAGCAGCAACAUCUCCAUGACGAAGCUGAUGAUGGGAACUUGUAGUUUGUCUUUUGUAUUAUAGUUUUUCUUAUGCAAUAGAUGUUGUAGGAACAAUUUACAAGUUUUGAUGUAUUUUCUCUUGUUAAGUAUUCUAUGUUGUAUUGAUGUGUUCGAGUAUGAAUAUUACAUGAUUAUUUGUUAUGGCAUAUAUGAUGAUUGAACUGUGUUAUACCGGUUAUGAUUUGAAAGUUUUU